UUUCAAAUGAAAUAUUCAAAAAGGAAAAAAUUAGACGAUUGUGAUGAGACUUCUUUGCAAAAUGAAUUUACUAAACUUCAGGAGGCGUAUAAAUUUGUUGAAAGGCGUGAAGUAACAGUUAAAAAUGUAGAUGAUCUUAAGCAGUUGGGGGCAAUUUAUUCAUCACAAAUGUUAAAUUGUUCUAAAAGAUCAGAUCCCUUCCCAGAAUUUAAUGAAAGCGAAGAAGAAAGUAGCAGAAGAUCGAAACGUCCAAGAUUGUUAAAAUUACCUUCAGACGGAAGUAUCUUUAAUGAUGGAAUACCCUUUCAUCAUUUUGCAUUAACACAACUAAAGGAUAGACAUAUUAAUCGUUUAAAAGCAAAUGGAAUUGAGAUUAAAGAAAGACAAUUUUCGAAGGCAGAAAAUAAACAAAUUUGUAUGUUUUUUUAUUUAAUAAAAAUAUUUUAUUCAUACUUUUUUUAA